UCAGUUGUCACAAGUCAUUUAAAAUUGCUUGUUUGGUUUUUGUUGUUACUCCUAAGUUUAUUGUUUCGUAAAUGUUUAAGUCCCGCUGGCGCUAUGAUGUUACGCUAAGUUGUCCAAUAAUCUUGUACAGAAUCUGAAUUCAUGAUUUCUAAUCAGCACAAUAAUGCUGCUGUUUCGUACGCAUACAAUGCAGCGAAUCGGCAACAGAGACAAAUACAAAUUGUUGAUGCUAAUUCGUUACAGCCUUUAUCAGAAUCACUCGUAAAUGAAGAAUUUAAACGUGACGAAAUUCCAGUUCAGAAUGCUCAAGUGGUUUAUGGAACUUCUGCUGCCGGCUUUGCACCAGUGGUUGGGCAAAAUGUUCAGCUCGUUUCAUCAGUACCCAAUACAAUAGAAUUAGCGAAUGAUGCAUAUGAUUCGUCAAUGGUUGUCCCUCAAGAGCCUCCACAGGCAGGCUUGGAUAUCGAACCCAUUGAUUUAGAAGAGGUUCAGAAAAUCCAGGCUCGCAUGCCAGCUGCUGAUCCAAAUGCGCCUGUGGGUUCAAAUAAAAACCCGAUUAGGAUUAUACAACAAGGAAACCAGUACAUAACUACACAAGAUGUAUCCGACGAGCACUUGCAACAAAUCAUUCAAGUCCUAACAAAUCAAGCAUUACUGUCAAGCAGCGGUUCUCGACCAAGUGCAAUUUAUAAUCGUCUCACAAAUCGUCGCAUUAUAUUUCGUGUAACACGUGCAAAGCGUCGUCAUGAUGAUGGAAAUACUGGAGCUACAGCAUUAAGUGGCGAGAGAAAUAGAUCCAGCAUUACUGUUAAAAGUGAGAAAAAAAGUCGAGCUGGUCGACCUAUUGGACGGAAACGUAGAAAACGUGGUUCAGAUGAAGAAGAUCCUGACUUUGAACCUGAGGUGCCAGAAGAAGAAGUUUUACCAUUUCCAUUAAUUAGACGGACAUCUGCUUCUGGUCGUGUAUCAAAGCCUCCAAAACACUUGGUUAAGGACUAUAAACAUUUGCGUCUAGAAGAUCUGACAUCUAAACCGGAGUCAAGUGAGGAAGAUGAGCACUCCGAUGGAGGUUACUCUGAUUAUAUUAACGAUGGACUUUCGGAUGAAGGUUGGUCCGAAGAUGGCACGAAUAGAAGUAAGUUUUUAUGUACUAUCAACAUUUCUGCGGUUUCAGUUGUUACUUCGUUUUCACUAUGAAUUAUUUAACACUACGAUUAUUACUAUAUUUUUUACUUGUUAUUCUCUGUAAUUUUAAAUCUUAAGAUAUAAGCUCAUAAAUUUCAAGAAUAUCGAACAUCUUUAUGUGUUGGGAUCGUUUAGAUAAGUUAUACCUUGUUGAUUGGUUUAUUACUAUUGAUACACAUAGUAAGUUUUGCAACCAGUAAAUAUACAUCUGGCUUGUCUUUUUAUAAGCUUUCGUCUGGUUAGAUCGUACUAAAUUCUUCGCUUUUAUGUAUUGUUUUGAUUUCAACAUCAUUAACGUUUUUAAUGAGACGUAUUGCUAUGGUCUUCCUGUCGUUGCGAUGGUAGUUCUUCUUAAUUAUGAUACUGCUUAGCAUUGAGUUAGUUUUAUGAUAUUUAAGAAAUUAUAUCCUCAUCAGAACUGCAUAAAUCGGUUUAUAUUAAUUUUAGGUUUACGUUGGCCAUGUCCCUUGUGCACUAAAGUGUUCACUUCUCGUGCUGGAGUCGCACGACAUCGAAGUAUUGCUCAUGGACCAAACCGCGGUAGACCUCGGGGCCGUUGGGCCAAUCCAUACAUGGCUAGUGUUCGACGCAGAGCCAAAUUAAAAGAGGCUGUUUCUGAAGCUACAGAUGAUGAUUUAAUUGAAUUUGUUGCACCACGUUUGUGUAAAUUAAUUAGUCCAUGGGAUCAUCUUCUUUUACGUUCAGAACAUGGUAGCCCUCCUCUUCCUCAAGUGCCUCGUGUUGUUUUGGAUUACUUGAGUUUAGUAGAACGUGCUAGAUCAUUUCUCUGCGAUCAGUUAGAACCACGGACAGCAAAAAAAUCAAAGCAGUCAAAUGAAAUGGAUUCAGAAAAUCGAAAAGAUGGUGAAGACGAUAACGAUGAAACAAGUAGCUCUUCGAAGAAUAAAGAAAAUUGUUCUGAUGUAAAAUCACAAGAAAAAUCCAAUGCUCAAUCGAAUAGGGCUCACAAUGAUGAUGAGGAAGAUGAUGCCGAGGAAGAAGAAGAAGAAGAUGAUGAUGAUGGUGCAAUCAUAGUUAAGGUUAGGUACUCCUCCCUGAACUAUUUUGUCUUUGCCCUACUAGGUAAAAGUAUUAUCAAGAGACUUCGCUUCCUGUUGUUGAUUAUGUUAGGAUUAAAGUUAAAUAUUUAAUCCAUUUUUUCUAUAGGUGCUUAAGGUCUUGUAAUGUAACUUUAUUUAGUGAGUAAAUGUUCUAUGUUAUGUAUCUAGUUAUGUAUCACUAGUCACAUGUUUCGCUGUAGCUUCAGACUCAACAAUGUGUACUAAUGUUUCCACACGUGACUCAACUCAAGACCAUUAUUUUACGAGUUAAUUGCUAUAUCAUUCAUUUGAUAGUUCCCAUUUUCAAGUUCAGGUUAAUUUGCCGUGUAAAUAUCCUCAGUGAGCAUCCAUUUCAUUUUGAACUUUCUUUACGUUUCUUGUCAUCGCUUCCUAUUUGAAAUGUGGAAAAUUCAUUACGAAACAAGUCACCAUUUACCUAUAGUUUAUUAUUUAAUUAAAUGGUCCAGUUAAUCUACCUACAGUCUUUCAUCAUGAUCUAGAGCGAUGUUCUUGUUUGUGUGUAGUUAGUGAACAAUCCAACUUGUGUUAGCAAGAAUCACUGUAAGCUAUUCGCUCUAUUAUCGAGUUAUAAUAAUCUGUAUUUUAUUAUCAGUACACAAUAUUCAUUUAUUUUAGCCUCAUGAUUAUCGUGUUCUUCCAAACAAAAUUUUGCUGAAUCAACUCUUUUCAUCGUUUGAUGAUUUUUAGAAAUUUUGUUUUGUAAACUUUAUUGGUGUUAGUAUCUACUCGUAGAAUGUUUUACGCCCCUAAAUUACUGUCUAUUUUAAUCAUUGCAACUGUAUCCACUAAAAAAACAGUGUUUUCAUUAUUCUGUGUAAAAUGGUAAACAUGAAAUAUUGUUGAAUCUUAGAUAUUUUUACGAUGUCUCGUGAUAGGGAAUAGCAACAGUAUAUGUUUUGACUCAGUUUUUUUCCUUAAAAACACCAACUAGCAAUCACAAGUUUCUCAGUAAACAUAUAUCGGUUAAUUAUCUCGUAACGUUUAUUACAUUUAAAUAUUUGUUUUAUCUGUUAGUAUUUCUGUAGGUCAUUUAGUAUCCAAAUAUAUGAAAUGUUUUUAGUAACCUCCCUCAAGUUAUUUUAAAACUGAACAACUAUGGUCUGUCAGUUAUACAAAUAAUGUUUCGUUUAUUCCUAAGAUUUUUUGGAAGAUCUAAGUAACUUAUUUACUUGUAGUAAUUUCCAGUACUUUAUUGCUUGUACAUAGGUGGAUACAGAGGAACAGUCUGCUGCCUUAGGUCUACCUUGUGGUAAAUACAUCGUGAAAGAACCAUUACGUGAAGAAUACCUGCCUAGGCGUUUCCGAUCAAUAUUGGCAGCUCAAAGAGCAAAUGCAGCAGCAGCGGCUGCAUCUGAUUCUGAUAAGGGUAGUGUCGGACAUCAGAAACGUGCUGUGGUUGCCAUGGAGACAGCUGAGGAUGAUGAGGUCGAUGCAACUUUGCGCAGUGACAUUGCCUCUACAGAAGACUCAGUUCAACACUUUGGCGAUGCUGCUGUUUCAAAUCAAACUGAUAAUAAUUCUCAAAAUAUUGUGUCAUUGGGCGAGGAGUUAGUAAGUAAAAUUUGAUAUCCACGAUUUUUUUCAAGUAUUGUACUUUUUAUGCAUCCACGUUAUAGAUUUGAGCUGCUCUUUGUUGACGGAAAUUCGUUCAGAUAAAUAGCACCUUCAGAUUUCACAAGAAAUGCCUCAUCUAUACAAAUCUAAGUUACGUUAGUGUAUGUCGCAACAUUUUUCAAAUGUUUAACGGUAGCCUGAUGAGUUAAGCACUCAAUUGUGAUUCUGGUUUCUAAUGCUGCUCAACCUACAUCAAAUUCCUCGUCUGACUAGUAUCGCUAACAACCAAAUGAAACUGUGGCUCACUCCAAGGAUAUGAACAUGUUCUUGGUUAAGGAGUUUUGUUAAUUGGUUUAAUAAUCUGUUAUAUUUUUAGUUGAAAGUAUUGAUUAUCUCUCCAGUACAUCAAACGACAGUCAAACUGUAUGUAUCAAGUCAUUAAAUACUUAGUGGAUUUUGCUGUUCAUAUAUCGGUUAUGAUAUUUAAUUUCUAUAGCUUAAAAAGAAAUAUUCAGGAAUAUUGUUUCAUUUAAAAUGUUUUUCGUAAUACCUAGGAAUGAAACAAGUGAUUUAAGACGCCUUUUUAUAAAUGUAUAUAUGCUUUUAGAGUUUUAUCUGUUUGGUGUAGCGUGUUCUUAAAGAUAAUGUCCAGUUUCGGAAAAAAGCUUUUUAUUAUAGGGAAUUUAGAAAGUAUGCGUAACGUUUGUAGUGGUACUUAUUUUUUAAGGGAGAAUUUACAUUUCUCUGUAUAGUGAUACUAGAAUCGUAGUUUUCACCAACCGAAAAUUCAGUUCUUCACAUUUACCUUGCUUACACUUUUACUAGCAUGUAUAUCCACAUUAUGGUGCUCUGUUCAAACACUACGAAUCAUUUUUUAAAUUCUAGAUUAUAAUCAUAGCUGUAGUUAAAACUGUGUUAUGAUAAUUACUAACGAUAGGAGCGUUUAAUAAACUAUAGAUGAGACGUAGCUUUGUUUUAAUUCAACUUAAAACUUAGUUGUGAAUUCGUGGGUGGUUUUAGUUUUCCUUGUUUUAUUUAUUCAAAACACUUAAAUUUUGACAAACUAGAAUACUGGCACUGCGCCGCACAAAUGAAGUGAUAUUUGGAGAAAAUUAAGGAUAGGGAGAAGUAUUUUGCGAAACAAAUCUAUCAUCCCUUUAUAGGUUUGUUUCAGUCUGUUUGAAAAUACAGACAAAAUAAUUUCCAUGUGAAUCUUCUAGUCAGUUAUUGUGGUUCAACUCCACUUAACCUGGGACAAGAUUCAUCUUUUGGAGUGUAUACAGCAGUAAAAUCCUGAGGUGUUGAUAAAUAUCUCAGAAAGAAAUUACCAAUUUAUAUUUCAAAAAAUAUCAAUAAAAGUGCUUUUCAUCGCCUGUUCAUUGAACAGUUUUACUAUUUCUGUUUCCUCUCUAGCUUCUCCUUCCCGAGGGGGGUUUAGGUUGUCCAGUACCUGAUGAAUGGCUUACCAGCGGUGCUUUCCUCACAGUCCUAACAGAGAAUGGUCAAACUAGUGAUUUGGUUAUGGAAGCCGCCACUGGUCGUCUAUUUCAUCGCCCCACAGGUCAUCUUGUCAGUUUAGCUGAUUCUCAACAAGCAAAUCAGUCAGAAGUCGAUUUUCAGGGUGAAAGUUAUGAAUACGAAUCAACCAAUGCUGAACAAAAAACUAAGGCAGUAACUGCUCCUAAACAGCCAAGUUCAGACAGACGCAAAGGUGCAUCUUCGAAGUCAAAAGCGCCAUCAAAAUCUCAAACCAAUGAAGAAUCUGAAAUUAACAAUGAUGAUAUCUUAUCACAACAAGAACAAAUACUUGCUCAACUGGCUGAAAAUGGAGAUGUGGUUGAUCUCAACACCCUUUUUCCUGGUGUAUCUGUUACAGAAGUGUCACCUGGUGUAUGUUUGGUUACUAAACCAAAUGGAGACCGUUUUAAUGUAAGUUAUACAAACCACAUUGACUGUUGCAUCGAUGUUUUAAAGAGAAUACUUAUAUUACCUUCUGUAACUUAUUAAUUCCAUUAGAAGUUCACUUUCUAGCCUCCGUAGUGUAAAUGUUACACGUGUGACUUCUAAAUCUUUGCACGUUUCAACCUUUAAAUUUUACCCUUCGUCCCGAUAUUUUCUUGAAAUUUUUAAUUUUAUAGUCGUAAAGGUACUGUCAUUCUAUUAUAUGACACAAAUACAUUGAUUUAACUUUCUACGUUACUCAACAUCCCAUAGAUAGCUAGCUAACAAAGGAUAUAAAUUGACUGAUUGAUAAUCACUAUGUCAUUUGAUAAAAAGAGAAUUAAUAUGAAAUAAACUUGUGUAAGUGGCCAAACUAGGAGCAGAAAUUGAAUAGCAAAACAUUAUUUGUAUGUGACUCAGGAUUUAGUAAAUUUCCAUCGCUCAUCGGUUUGAUCUCUUAUGUGAGUUCCUCAACCAUCAGUACAUCUCAAUAGACGCUUAUAUUUCGUUUACUUAACAGUCAAUGGUUAUGUUGGCGUCGUAUUCUGUUGUUACAGUAUGAGAAUGUUAUUCACAUUCUCUAGUCAUUGCUGUCAAUUCAGAUGAAAGAUUAUGUUGAGGGGUUGAGUUAGCACAAAUAAUCAAGUACCCAUUAUCUCCUCAUAUCGCUUAUUUUUGACACCUUAUUAGUAUUCUAUAUAAUAAAGAUUAUCACAUAGAUCUAAUAAUCUUUGUCUUAUUACUGUAUUCAAAUUUAUCAAAGGGACUAAUCGUUUCAAAUAGUCUAGUGAACUGUUGAGAUUUGUAUUUCGCUUGUGUUAUAAUUUCUCUUAUUACGACCUAGCUAUUUCUAUUGCUUAGUAUUCUUGGACACCGAUUCACUCGACAAGUCCCCAAAUCAACACGGUUGAACAGGAAAGAAAUUAUAUCCCAAAUAACAAGGGUAGAUGGAAGUAAGAAGCACAAUAAGAGAAACGUUUGUAUAUUUAUAGUUUUUACAUGGGAAGAUUCUAGAGUCUUCUCUAAGUACCGACUAGCGCUGAUUAGAUAAGAAACAGCCAAUCGGCAUCCACCAACGCAUUCACUCACGGAACAUGCUUUAAUCCGAUCUAUGUCCUGCUAACAGCAUGUAUCCAAUUAUAUCUGGGUUAACAGAAAGUAGUCAGCUGAUAUUGUCGUAAACACGCAUGCGUCCGUUUAAACGUUUUGUAACUUUCAAAAAAUUAGCGUACAUCCAAUUUUUUUCUUGAAGGACGUGACUGUAAUUUAGGUUGAAUGUCACUUUGAAUACUUCCCAAUGAUCUAUCUAUCGCUUAAAUUACGGAUCACUACACUUAUUUCCAAGCAUAUUCUACCCCUAAUAUCAUUCAUGUAUCAUCUUCAAGUGUAAAAAUGUAUGUAAUGUCAACAAAAACAAAAACCGAGUCUCAGUCCUCACACUAGUUAGCACAGCGUACCUGUUUUUUUCUGUUGGUCACACUUUACUUCAUAAAUAUGUUGUAAUAAAAUUUGGUUAAUUCAAAACUGUGUUUAAUUUUAAAACUACUCAGGUUGAGCAUGGUGGCGAAGGAAUAACUUUGGAAACGUUACAAGCUAUCUUGCAAAUGGAUGCAUAGUUGAUUUUUGCGGGCGUUGAAAAACUGUUAGUCUCUUGUAAAUAGACAAUCAGUCUGUUUUUUGAUUCACUGAAAUCCCAUGCUCACUCUCACAAAUCUCAAUGUUAACCUAUUCAUUUCUCACGAAUAUUUAUUAUGUAUACUUAGAUUCAUGUGUAUUUAAACUAAUAUCCCAUUUUCCACAUGUACAAAAGAUUACUCACUUCCUGCUGUUUGUAAGGGUUUUUCCAUUGAUAUAUAUGAGGUAAUCUGCUCUUUAUUCCAAACAUUAUAUCUUGAAUUCAUUUAUAUGUGUAUUUGUACCAUUCUCUGUACUAUUUCCUAUAAACUAUGUUAGUUACUAUGUUGUCAGUAUUAUUGGGCUGUUUAUCAUUUUCACGCUACUGAUCAACAUUGACUCGUUUCUCAGUCAAACUUUUAAAGUUUGUCUUGAGAAAAUAAUGAUACGUAUUGUGGGAAUACUUCAUCUUUAGGCUGAAAUUUAUCAUAUAGUUCUUUCCUCUUGUUCCUUAUUAAGGUGUUGGAUUAAUUUCUGAAAUUCAGGAUUGUGAGUUUGGUUGAGAAGAUUGUGAUUGAUCGGGACAUAUGGUUCAUGAGUGUUUAUAUGACUGCUCACUACAAAUCAUAGGUUCUACUCGUUCCGGCAUCAUGUUGCGAUUUAUUUGUACAAGUCCAUUAGUGCUCACACCAAUGGUGCGUAAUAACAUUGAUCUAACAAUCUGCCCAAUCAGAACUCGAAAUAAACCACUUUUAUUACUUGUGUUACCGUGCAUGUUGUUACUUGCACCAAAUGUAAGAUAACAAGAAAGAAAUCUGUGCAGCUUUGUAGUUAUAAAUCAAGUGCGGCAAGGGAUAAACUAACAGUUGGUGAGUUAACUGGGUCGUCACGGAAAGGGCAGUGCGAGUAUACUGUGAACCAGUUAUCAGUUCUCAUAAAAGGUAUUGAGACACGGAGUUCAGCGAAGGGAUCUCUUUUCAACGAAUUUAUUAUCAAGCUGUACAAUCGUAUAUAUAUGUACAUUCUUUGUUUUUUGUAAAAGUACUAAUUCCGUGAGGAAAUGUGAACACAGUUAACCAUGACGUAAUAAUGUACGACUGUACAGCUCGAUAAUAAAUUCGUUGAAAAGAGAUCCCUUCGCUGGACUUCGUGUUUUAAUUUUAAUGUUCAAAUGGGAAUUAUCUGUCAAUAAAAUGUAUGGUUUUCCAGGCAGUGGGUUUUAACAAUCUACCUUCAAAUAUUCGUCAAUUUGUAACGUCCGUUUUGGUAUUAUACACCACAAAGCCGUCAUCGGAAUUAACUCUUAGGUCAUGUGAUUCACUCCUGGCAUAUGUUGCGCAGUGAUUCCUGUGAUGCUUGCCUGUAAUCAUGGUUAUCAGUUACAUUGGGGACUCUAAAGAUAUGCAUAUGGUUUCUUCGAUAUGCAGGUAUUUUCCCUCAUACUAGUGCAAAGAAAUUAGUAUGGGUGUUGGGACAUCAUUCGGCGCUUACACAAGUUAAAUACAGAAGAUACAACUUCCGUUUAGUGUGUUCUGACUGAAUAAUUUACGGAAUUGGUUUCCCUACAAGUAGUUCAGCUUCCAUUAUUCCCUGUAGGAUAGUCGCACGAGCAAAUAAACACGACCAGCAUGUGCAUAUCAGAUUAUAAUUCCUUUAGUUGUGCAACUUUAAUUAUAUGAGACUUGUUGAAAUGAUCGUUCAAAAGUUGUGUUAGUAACAUGCGAUUUAUAUAAAUGUUCUACAGCUUAUCAUUGUAGCGCAGACGAUGUUACUCUGUGAAACAUCCUCACCAUACUUGAUCCCAGAAGCAGCGAGUGAUAACACAAAAUUAAUUUAAAUACGACCAAUAAAAAUGUGUGAGUGAUCAUUGUUGGACGAAUUUUUUGCCAAUCAAACUUAUGGCUUCUAUACUGCAGCUUUGUUUGCAACCACUUUACCCUUAUUAACUGAAGUUAAAGUCGAGUGAGGACUUGCAAUGUUGAGGAGGUAGUGCCGUUUCACCAUCGCAUGAUUGUUCAGGCUGAAUAUACGAUUGAGGGGUUUACGCUUGAUAACAAGUGGAGGUGAACCAUGACAAGUUACUAGGAUUGUGUUGUAGCGGUAAAUAAAUCCCCAAAAUAAAUAGCACUAAGUUUUCGACAUUGGAUGCUGACCAUAUGUUUUAGUGGACUCAUCUAGCUGAAGGCGCUCGGUCAGGCAUCCGCACCAGAUCACGUGUGGUAACGCCGUGCUCAACAUCAACCGCAAUCGCUAGCCAGAUUAGAUCAGAGAAUUCCGGUGUAUUGGUCAUCGCCAAAUAUACUCUUCCGAUCUCCUCG